AUGGACAGAGAAGUGAGUCUGGAUCGUGCUGAGACGUUCUCAUUUGUCAACCCGUGGAUCAGAUAUUUCCUCUUCUUCUUCAGCUUCUUGUUUUGGGUUUUCUCUUUGUUGAUUGUUGGAAUCGGGGUGUAUGCCAAAGUCCAGAAGGCUACAGACACUGUGCGCGACACGUUCCUGAUCGACCCAGCUGUCAUCCUAAUUGUAGUGGGGGUGGUCAUGUUCUUCAUCACAUUCUGUGGCUGCAUCGGAGCCCUCAGAGAGAACAUUCACCUUCUCAAGACGUUCUCCUUCUGCCUGACGCUCGUCUUCCUCACUCAGCUGGCUUUAGCCGUUCUGGGCUUCUUUUACUCGGAUCAGACGAGAGAUGCUUUUGGAAAGUUUGUGAAGAAAGCCAUCGUGCAUUACAGGGAUGACCUGGAUCUUCAGAACCUGAUGGAUUACAUCCAGAAAGAGUUCAAGUGCUGCGGGUGGAACAACUACACCGACUGGUCCUGGAACCUGUACUUUAAUUGCACGCAUGAAAACCCCAGCUCCGAGCGCUGUGGAGUGCCUUACUCCUGUUGCACGCCGGUUCCUGGAGAGGCAGUGAUCAACACGAUGUGUGGUUUUGGAGUUCAAACUCAAAAACAUCUGGAUGUGAACAAGUCCAUCUACUCAGAGGGCUGCGCGGAUCGAGCGGUGACGUGGAUCGAGUCUCAUCUGUUGCUGGUGGGGGCUCUCGCCCUGGGUCUGGCCUUGCCACAGAUUGCAGGCAUUGUGCUGUCCCAGAUCCUGGUCUCUCAGAUCCAAAAUGAGAUUACCUCGGUGUUUUGAGAGCGGAGGUGGAGGCAGAAAGAAAAGAAGCCA